GGUGAAUUCGCGUUUGCUGGGUCUGGGUAGAGGUACGUCAUCAUGUUAAAAUGCGGAUCUCGUGUGGUUUGGUCAAGGGGAGGUUACACAAACGCCACAUCAACGCCUCUGUCAGUGUGUCUGUGUCUGCACUUCCUGGGAAUGAUCGAUCAGUUUUACUGAAGCCUGUUUGAGAUGGAGGGGGCUUGGCAGGAGAAAGCUCUGAAUCUAGCCUGUAUAAGGAAUGACAAGGAGUCCUGAAUCCUUGCAGCAGAGCAUGCAGACGGGUUAACGAGGGAUCCCUGAGCUGGUGAGAUGGAGGAAGCGUACAGCGAACUGUACCAGCAGUUUCUUCGCCUGAGGUCACUUUGCCUGAGACAGGCAGCUCUGCUGCAUCAACUCACAGCAGCCCUGCAGAAACAGCAAGGAGCCUCUGUUCCUAAUGGAGAGCUGAGUGAUAUGAUGUCCAUCCCUGUCCAGUGUACCCAGGAAAUCCCUGUGUAUUUCCGUGAAAAGCCUCAACCACUAACACAAAACCCUGCAGCACAGUGUGGCAUCGACUGCCUCUCCAGCAACGUGGGGACUUUCUCUGAUCUCCUCGCUGAAGAUAUGUCCAGGCUCUGUAUGAAUGCACCACAUCGGAGAAAGGGGGAUGGGGAGUUGGAGCUUAAUGUUGCACCCCUGUUAACACUGGACUCCUCAAGGUGGCAAGGAGCCUCCUCCAAUGAAUUGAAAAAUCCGGGGCCAGCAGAUCAUCCUGGUAGAGAGAGGACACGGCACACAGUGAGGAUGCCAAUGUCAGACUGUCCCUCCCUGCUCGGUGACUUCUUGAGUCAGUCUGAUGGGGUGCUGAUGUCAGACAUGGCACUGCAGUCUCACGUUUGUGACUUCUGCCAGGCAGUUUUCCCUGGAGACACAACCACCAGAGGAGAGUUCCUGCGACAUCUCCACACCCACAUCACCUAGACAGAGCUGAUCCUGCUUCUCCUCCUAGCAUAUGAGUUAUGUGUUCAUAUGAUAUGCUGUGGUAGAGCAGAUAAACUCAGUUAACCCGAUAUCUGGAGCAACAUUGAAAUGGAUCUACUCUAAAUACAGCUUGCCUAUGCCUGUGGUUUGUCUAUGGGUGGACUGUGCAGAUGCAAAAUAUUGUUUUUUUAAAGGCUUAGUUCACCCAAAUUACAAAGAUUUCUAACUUACAUCCACAGUGCUAGUGUGUAGCCAUGGUUUUAUUCAUCUGGGUUUUGAGAUAUCCCUCACUGGGUUAUAUUUCUCCACCCUAAUACAUGAGGUGAAUAGAUUUUCAUUUGUGGUACUCACAGCAUCACAUAGAAAAAAAUCCACAGCAUCUCUUUGUGGUGGUUAUUAGUGGUUAUUCUGUUAAUCUGGACACUCUAUAGACCUUACUAUAGAAAGUAAUAGUAACCUAAACCAAUCCAGACUUGGGCACAUUACACCAAAGCUAUCUGCAUAACUAGAUACCACAAGAGAAAACUGUUUAAGGGCCUCAUAUAGUAAAGGUGUCUCACAGAACAAAGAUGAUAGCAUGAACUAUUGUCCAUAGACAUUAUUAUAAUUAAAAUUUGCUGUCACUACAUAUUUCCUGAGAGAUUAUAAAAGGCAUCUAUACUUAAUGGACACUGAUUGUGAUCCACCUCCAGAUGUUUUAAUGUAGCCAAUGAUUUUGCACCAGAAAAUGCAAACUUUCUGCUUUGGGGACUGUAAUGCCCAGACAACAAAAACACUGCUCUACAGUAUAAGAUUAAUAGAGAUUACAAGUGUUUGAAAAACACUCAGAUCAUGAUGCCUUGCAUGUAGCUAAACAUAUAAAAGUAUGUUUGAGGGAGUAAUAAAAUAUAAAGAGGGUCAUUUAUCGCAUUCAGGCACAACUGGAUUACUAUUCUCCCUCUCAGUGUGAGAGUGACUGCAGUGUAGUCCAGGGAUUUAGAAGGACACAAAUCCUCUGCAGUGUAUAUUUGUGUUAUUGAUCAGUUAAUAAGAUAAUGCAAUAAUGCCAGUUAUGGACGGUGAGAUAAUGUCUUGUUUAUGAUGAUUUAUGAAAUGGUUGAAAUGGGUUCAAUUGUCUCUUACCAGUGAAUAUUGAAUAUUUUUUAAUUAACUGUAACUUUGAUUGCCUUGUUUUUUUAUACAAAUUCCAACCAACAUUUCUAAUUUGUAGUGCUUAGUACGAUUGUGGGGGUCUUGGCUGAUCUGGCACCUUUUGAAUGAUAUUCUCAAAUAUUCUACAAACUUUGAUUUAUUUAAUCAGAUUUAUUAAUGAGAGGGACUCUUCUUUAUCUUUUAUAUUUGUAUGCAGUGGGCAGUGCUUGUUGUGCAAAUUCUACUAAUUCCAAUUCUUCUGAUUUCACAAACAGCCAGUAUACUGCUUUGUAAAUGUUUGCAGUGGAGCAUUAAACCAAUCAGCUGUCUGUGGUACUGAAGAAAGAGCCUGGACUAAGAAUAGACUCAAACAUUUAGCUCCCUAAUUAGUGGCGCUGACAGCUGAUUGAUGAUGGUA